UAACAGUAUAACAACUGUAACAUCUUAUGACUAAGAUUUUUUUCUUUUUCAAUAAUUUUAGUAAACGAUACAUACUGCGAACCUCUAUUAAACGUGUUGUUUAAUGAAUCAUUAUUUGGAAGCAUGCUAAUUCUUACACUUCAAAUAAGCUACAUGUAUGAGUCCAGCGAAAUAGCUGUAAACGUUACGUGGCAAUAUUUCUUACCUAUAUUACUAAAACUUGAGAGUGAAUCAUUAUCCGACAGUUAUGUAAAAGUUGAUUCGGACAAUCUUAAAUAUAUGGUUCUACACACGUUAAGCAGAAAUGGAGCCAAUCAUACCAUUGUUACAACACUUCUUAAUACUAGCUGCUCAUUUGGUAUAUACAUAAUUGAAAUUCCAAUGAAGUUAUCUUUUCAAAACUCGAAUGGAAACUCUUGGUUUUUAUAUCGAAAAGUAAAAAAAAAUAUAUCUGAAAACUGUAAAGGAUUUAUUUUAUCUCAAAAACACAGACAAAGUAAUCAUCAAAGAG